GCUCUGGAUUGGGAUAAAGCCCAUGUUCGACCGGCUGCUGGGGCUGGAGCUCUAGAUUGGGCUAAGGCCCAUUUGGGCUGCAGAUUCCGCGACGACAACUCCUGGAGACAUAUAUUUUAAAGAGGGUGUAUUCAAUCCAGACUUUAUAGGAUUUUAUUGGAUUUAAAAUAGAUUUUACGACCUUGGCCUUUGUAAGGAUUUUCAUCCCUCUUCAACACCUCUUGCUUGGACAGAUCAGAAGCAUAGGCAACGGAGGAUGGUGGCGCCGGCCUAGGGUUUUGACCCUUCCCCUGGCCGCUCUUGCACGCCCUCACGACGGGGACAGAGCGGACUCGAUGUGACUCGGCGCUGGCUCUUUACCAUCUGACUCUGGUGCAAAGCAACCGAUCGAAACUGAUAAAGAUGGGAGCUGCUGGCGCGCUGGUAGGGAUGCUGAACGAGGGCGAAUUGGCCGGUAUAGUGGUUCUGGCGGUGUGUAAUUUGGCGGUGUGUGUCGAGGCCCUCUCCUUCGAUCAGAUCGAUCGACUCCUCCAGGUGGGUUUGGGGGUUUUUCAUACAGCGUCUCCCAUCAAAGAAGGAAUCGGCAGCCGGUUUCUUCCUCCAGAUCUGACGCACAUCAAAGAAGGAAUCGGCCUAUCAACAUCUUCCUCCAUCCACCGUGCACAUCUCCCUUCCAUACAACCGCUUUCUUCCUCCAGAUCUGACGCAGCUCUCCUUCGGCGCAACUGCCUUCAUCCGACCCGAACCUACUAGCUCCGCCGAUCGACGCCAUUUCUUCUUUGAUUUGCCGGCUGUACCCAAUUUUAGGUACAGCCAGUUGUUUGUAUAAUUUGCGAAAUCUUUUAAAAUCAUGUCAAUAAAAUAAAUUACAAUUAUCUAACUCUGUGUAGAAUUAAAACAAUCCAUAAAUUUUACAUAAUCCAUGGGUUUAAAAAAUCUUUCAAAAUCUU